ACAAACAACAUCACAGACAUCCCUGCUGGAAGUCUCCCUUCAAAUUUAACAGAAAUCUCAUUUUUAAAGAACCCGAUAACAACAAUCGACCCUACCGCCUUUGACGACUCCGCGAAGACUUUGGAAAGCCUGUCGUUUUCGGAAGCUCUGUUUACAACGAUACCAGACGCCAUUCUUCAUUUACGUGCUCUGAACAGCUUUAGUAUCUACAACACAGCGAUUCGUGACUGGAAUGCUGCCACUUUGAUGAACAUUGGCCCAACUCUAGAGACGCUCCAAUUUAUCAAUGUUAGCUUGACCGCAUGGCCUUCCUGGAUGCAGUACUUCACCCAUUUGACCGAGUUAAGUUUCCAGUCAAACGCUAUUACCGAUGUUCCUAACGGUUCCUUUGACGCGGUUGCUAAUAUCCUGCAGAUCCUUGACAUUUCCAAGAACGGUCUAACAGACACGCCCAAAGCUGUUUCAAACCUAAACGUUCUGGAGUCUCUAGAUCUCAGCUUCAAUCACAUAAAGGACAUCACAUUUCUUCCAAACUCGACAUCUUUAGCUCAGCUGACUUUAAUGCAUAACCUGAUCUCUGAUGCGAACCAACUCAGUAAAGCAGUGCGUCCCAUGGGAAACACUUUGGCUGGUGUGUAUAUCUACGCAAAUAAAUUAACGCAAAUUCCAGAUUUGUCAUUCAUGUCUAACCUUGGCGACAUUGAUCUGUCAGGAAAUCAAAUAUCUGACCCCACUUCUGGCUCUUUACCUAGAAUACUCACAUACCUAGAGUUGGACAAUAACUCCUUGCCUUCUAUUCCGCAGAUUCUGAUGACUUUGCCAGCUGUAGAUUCCGUAGUCAUGUCGUUCAACCGUGUAACCAAUAUCAUAGCCACCGAAUAUCCAGUAUGGAUUGAAGAGCUUCAGCUUGGAUACAACCUCAUCACAGAGUUGACAGAGGAGAGUUUUCAUGUUAAUUCCAGUAUAAAUACUAUAGAUCUAAUGUACAACCCGAUAAAGAAAAUAUCCGAUCAUGCUUUUGAUAACCUCCUGCAGUUGAAAAUUCUCAACUUGCAAGGUACCAAACUGGCUCGUUUGCCUCUUGCACUGGGUUCUUUAUCCUUGUUGAAUUGGUUGGAUAUUACAGACGACAAUGAUCUUGUCUGUACUUGCAUGGAGAAGAGCUUGGCUCCGUGGAUUCUCAGUCGGCAGACAACCAUACUGGCCAGUUGUGGUGAGACAGAUAUCUAUGACUUCUUUGAGAUUUUGAGUCAGUCUUGUCCAGCGUAA